CAACUUCAGGUUGAGCUACAGUAUUUGCAUGAUUAUACUGGUAUUAAUGCUAGUCUUGGUUUGACUGCCAACCCUGUUGUGAACUUCGCUGGAACAAUCGGUUCAAAUAAACUAGCCGUUGGUGCUGACGUGUCUCUGGACACCGCUACCGGAAACUUCACCAAAUAUAAUGCUGCUCUGAGCAUCACCAAUGCGGACCUUAUUGCUUCCUUAAAUCUUUCCAACAAGGGAGAUAAUCUGACCGCUUCCUACUACCAUCUAGUGAGUCCACUCACGAGCACCGCUGUCGGGGCCGAGUUAACUCACAGUUUUUCGACCAACGAGAACACGUUAACAUUCGGGACUCAAUAUGCGCUGGAUCCUCUCACUACAGUA